UUGCGGCUGCUUACAGCGGAGCGCGCUAAAAUUCAAAUCACCAUAAAAUCAGAAGAACACAGGCAGUCGAUAUUUUUUUCCUCGAUGUUGGAACUGAUAGUUAAGACGCCCUGUAAAGAAGAAAGGAAUUAACGAUUAAAAGGCUAUAUUCUUAAAAUGAAGCCAACAGAGAAGGCCAGUGACUGACUUCUGAGCAGGAUGAAGGAGAGCCCCAGAAGGCCCUUAAUCCUUAAGAGGAGGAAGCUCCCGUUUCCACAAACUGACCCAGAGGUCCCCCAUGAUGAGCCAGAUGGACGACAAAAGAAAGAAACCACUGAACCUUCAACCACUCAGUGCUUCCCUAAAAAUAUCCGCAUCAUUGACCACCCAACAUUACCUGAUACACAAGUUGUGGUUAUACCCAAGACAGCGGACCUCCAGAGUGUCCUUGGCGCUCUGACUGCGAAAGGAAAGGAAUGUGGCCCUCAGGGACCCAAUAAGUUCAUCUUGCUGAGUGGUGGAAGUGGAAGUUUGGAGGAUUGGCCAGAGAAUAUCUGCAUGCCCACCCUAGGUGAUGGGGAUAGUUCAAUUGGAAACCCUGUUGCUCUCAACACAGAGCCAGGUGGAGGAAUUCCUAUAAGAGAUGGAACAGAAUGCCUUGUGGAUAUCAAGCCUCCAAUCUCAGUGAAACCUUUGAACAAGGAGCUUGACUGCUGCCCGUUGGAUGACAGUCUGACCAACAUCCAGUGGCUGGGGGGCAUGAGCACAGAUGGACUAGCACCUAACCCUAGGAAGAAGGAUCCCAACAAGGAGAAUCGGGUGCCCCGCCCACAGCUUCUCCAGACACCCAGAGGCUCUGAUGAGGGAAUGUGUGGCACUAAGGAUCCCCAGUCAGAGAGACCCCCUUACUCUUACAUGGCUAUGAUCCAAUUUGCCAUCAAUAGCAAGAAGAGCAGGAGGAUGACCCUGAAGGAAAUCUAUAACUGGAUUGAGGACCAUUUCACCUACUUCAGAAAUGUGGCCAAGCCAGGCUGGAAGAAUUCCAUCCGCCACAACCUCUCCCUGCAUGAUAUGUUCAUCCGAGAGACCUCUCAGGAUGGCAAAAUUUCCUACUGGACCAUUCGUCCUGAAGCCAACCGCUGCCUGACACUAGAUCAGGUCUACAAGCCUGUGAUAGACCUGACUGCCUCCACUUCCCCACAGACUGUGCAGGUCUGUGAGCAACAACCUCUGAAGCGUGUCAUUCCAGAAGUCAGGAAGGCAAUUAUUCCAAACACCACCGAGAGAAAGAUGAAACCUCUCUUACCACGCACCGACUCCUACCUGGUCCCCAUCCAGCUUCCCCUUGCCCCCUCUCUCUUCCUGUCCUCUGCACAGCUUCCCCUGGCUGCACCAAAGCAGAAAUGUAGCUCUACAACUGCUGGUGUCCAGGGAGGGGGUAAGAGGGUUCGAAUAGCACCUAAGGUCCUACAGCGUGCCCCGCUGCACAAUGCAGCGAAGGAUGAGCCGUUGGACGCCGCGCUGUCCGAUGAGGUUGGGCCAGCACACAGCAGGAAGGAGGCCAGUGGCUCCCGUCGAAAGCAGCGUCUGGCCCCGCCCUCCAGCGAGGAGCCUGUGCUGCUCUUCCCCGACAGCACCCUGCUGGACUCAGGCCUUGCCUCCGACCUCUCCACCUUCCAGGACACGCAGGACGCCGACGAUGAACCCAAGCUGGAGUCCGAUAGCCCGUGCAGAGGGUACGCCUUUAAGACGCCCAUCAAAAGCAGCCGCCCUGCCUCCUCCACCCCUAGCAAGCCCCCCGCCACGCUACCCGAGCCAUGGAGGCUGACGCCCCUGGGGAAAGAGGCUCACGUGCUGGACUUCAGCCCCAUUCGCACGCCCCGCAACACCACCCUCACCCCUCAGCGACACAACCACACCCCCUUCAGCUUCAGCAGUACACCGUUUAAAGAUGUGCCUCUCUUCAGCUCCCCCCGUGAGCUCCUGACAUCCGCUCCCUCCUCCCCUGCUGCCCGGUCCUGCUCCCGUGAGCUGCAGGUAGGGGGCGCUGCCUUGGCCAACCGGUCACUCACAGAAGGCCUUAUCUUGGACACCAUGAAUGACAGCUUGAGCAAGAUCUUGGUGGACAUCAGUUUCUCAGGCCUAGAUGACGAGGAUCUGGGCAUGGCUAACAUCAGCUGGUCUCAGCUCAUACCUGAACUAAAGUGAGGCAUCACCUACUUUCAGCUGUCAUUGAGACUCCUUUUUAUUCUUUCUUUUCAAUACCAAGCUGCUCAGAUGUCUUCUAAAUAUAUUAUAUAUAUAUAUGUAUUACAUGUGCCAUUUGUCAUUUUUAUGUACUUUCUCUAAUCUUUCCACUGGAUUGCCUGGAUGGUCUUGUGUCACUAAUUUGUCACUGACUACUUAUCUGUCCAUGUCUUCAUUUCAGUAUAGACUAAUUAGCAGCCUUCUACUCCAUUCUUGAAGGGACAUGAGCAAGCAUUUGCAAGUCUGUCUCUUUGUGAUUGAUGAAUGUACAUAGCAUCUGUCCAGUUUAAAUUUGCACAUUGUGUAUGUUUGUAUUAGCCUAUCUGUUUGAAAUGAAAAGAGAUGCAACAAUUUUGUCUGAUCUUCUAGCGAGACACUAUUUUACAAUAUUUAAGGAUGCUUAUGUUGUAAAUGGCAGAUCUGCCAUUUCUAAUAAGUAUUUGGAGCAGUUGAAUUUUGCGUAAUAUAUAUAAAAUAUGUAAUACCAGGAAAUAAGGGAAACAAAUGUAAGAUUUUGAACAUGGUUAUAUUUGAAGCUUUGAAGAAAUAUAAUUGAUAAAAUACUUGCACAUACUUCUUUCUAAAUGAUAAGAAGCUUAGUUAAUCAGUGAUAUUCCAUCAAAGCUACUGCAAAUAAUUUUGAUUUUGAAAGUGCAAAACCAACCCUGCCCUUCUUUCAGCUCUUUCAUUCUUCCCUUUGGGUUUUGCAUUUUAACCCAUAAAUUGACUGUUAAACUGUUAAAUGUUUUACAUUUCAAACUACAUCUUGUGGAUGCUGAUUUCCUAACAACAGUUUUCAGAGUUUAAGAUGAACUUUUAUUGUGACAUGUAUAUAAUCAUAGUAUACAAUGUGGUUCGCCGUUGCAUGUACCACAGGUUUCGACGUGUAAAAGACCCCAAAAACCUGCAAGCACUGUGACCGGUUGCACUCCCCAUCAUUGUACCAUCUUCAUCUACCGUACAAGCACUUGUGUUUUGUGUGUAUAUGUGCUGUAAUUCAGUAAAUCCUGUUCAUAUCUUUGA